UCGAGGAGAGCCGACUCCGACUUGCCGCUGACGAGUACUCGAUGGAGCAGGAGGAGAGCACUGCGGCGAUCUCGACAGCGCAAGAUGAGCUGAUUGCGAGCACAAGCCAGGCCGCGGCAGGAGCAGAUGUUGUCACUGGAAGUGCAUCGGGCACAUCAAGCAUGAUCGAUGCACCAUCGCAGAUCAAGGUGUACAAGCCCUUGGAGGGCGAUACAUCGGCUUACAAAGCUCCCCAAGAUGACUUGCCUGAUAGCUACUUCGUGCCGACGGCUGCGGAAGCGCAACGAGCUCACGCUGGUCAAGUAAGACAGCGCGAACGACUGACGGGCGGACCUCUGCUCACGAAGAAGCUGCGUGAUCAACAAGCACAGCGUGAAGCUGCUUCCAAACGGAGAUGGACUCAGACUAAGAUCCGCAUACGAUUCGGCGAUCGUACUCAGAUAGAGACCACGUUGUCUGCUUCUGCUACGCUCAAGGAGGUCUACGACUUCACGCGAUCCAGUCUGUCAGACGUGAACCGGUCUGAGCCGUUUUAUCUAUAUCAGACACCGCCACGGAGAGUGUUCAGUCUGGAUGACGAGUCUCUCAACAAAUUGACGCUCGCCCAAUUGGAGCUCGUGCCCGCGAGCGUGUUCUACAUCCGGUUUGCGAACGAAGACCUCAAUGAUGGACAUCGAUCCCCGCCGAUACGAGCUGAGCUCAUUAGCAAAGCUGAAGCUCUACCCUUACCUGCCGCCCAGCCUGCUGCCCAGCAACUUCGAGUCGAGCCAGAACAGACCGUCCCGAGGUCAUCGGGCAAUAGCGGAGGUCCUGCCAAGGUACCCAAGUGGCUCAAGCUCAAAAAGUGAUAGCAUGUCCGCACAAGUUUGCCACUCAUGACGUUUUGUUGUUGUCGCACACGAGUGCAAUAGAGCUGCAAUGGAUCCGCACACUCGCGAUACCUGAGCGGCUCUUGGAAUAGACGACAGGCGGUGGCUCGAUCUACCUCUCCAGAUUGCCCGGGAACUUGCCGUUCUCAAUCUGCU